AUGAGCUCCAAAGUCACUUUCUGGGACGGAAAAGAACAUAUCGUGUAUGUGGUGGAAAUUGCCUUCUACAGCGUCCUUUUCAUUGCGUCUGUGGCGGCAUUGUUGAGAAGACGUCAAUUGGUCAAGGGCACCAUACUUUGCACGAUUUCUGCUCUCAAAAUUAGCGGUUCGGCAGUCAGUGUUCAUGCAGCGAUUCAAACCGUCAAUGCAAUUAAUAGCCCAGACACUUCCAAAUUUCCUUCUACAAGUCUUGUUACCGUUGGCGCAAUUUUGACAUCGCUAGCCACAGCACCGUUGCUUGUGCUGACACGAGCGUUUUGUCCGGAAGACAGUCUGCACAAAAAGUUGCAGAGAUUUUCCAGGAUCUUGGUAAUUGUCCCUGCUAUUCUCGCUAUUGUUGGGUACAAUUAUUGGGCUGAUGGAGGAUCUUCCAUGGACACAGGUAUCGCUCUCGUGAAAGCGUCGUCGAUUCUAUAUGUGGCACUGUAUCUGCUUUUCGUUGCAAGCGGUUUGAAAAAGUAUCUGCAGAUACGCGACAGCGCAACUCGGCUCGAGGCAACGGGUAUCUUCAUUGUCUUGACAGCAAUGCCUUUUUUCAUAGUUCGGUUCGUCUUCGUCAUUGCCUCUUCCUUCUCAUUGACCACCAACAUGAAUGCCCACCACAAGUUCAGCUAUUUUGAUGGAGACUGGAGAAUCUCACUAAGCAUGUUCGUGGUUAUGGAGUUCGUUGUUGAAAUAGUAUACUGCUUUGGCGUCCACCUGCUCAUUUCCAGAGAAGCCCAACAAAGCUUUGCGAGUAGCGACGAAGCAACAGAAAAGGAGAGCGCUUGA